GCUAAGCUCAAAGCUGUCAUUACUGUCAAAACAAAUGUCUUCUGCACAACGCAAUGUGUUAUGAGGUCAGUUAAUGUCAGUUACUCAUGACAACGUGCAAUCCGUGGAUUGAAAGAACUGACAUAAUGGACGACAGCGGGUUUGAUAGUGACCCCAAACAUCGUCAAAGUCAAGAAGACGACAGACUCUUCCAUGCUAGUGACAGUUCCAACAGUAGUACCAACCUAAACCAUCCUACUCCAAAGAAGAUGUCCCGGAAACAACUGCAUAAGAAACUAGAAAGAAGAAUUGAACAGGCAAAGAAACUACAAGCACAAAAUGAGAUGAAGAAAAGUCCUCAGCUAAUACCCAUCCAACGACUUCCGAUCCCUACCAGCAAGUCUCCGACAAGUCCUCGUGAAAACCAUCCACUAGUGGACUGGGAGACGGAUGAUAGCGAUGAAGACAUAAACUUCUUCCCGGUUUCACGCUUGAGAGAUGGCAAACAAGAACUGACCGACACUUUCAGUAUUGAAGACUUCGAAGUUACUCCAGAAGAAGACGAUCUUGACCUUUUACCUCCGAAGACGUUGGAUCGACGACUAUUUUGUUGUGGUCUUCCGUUCCAAUGGCACUGCAACAUCCUAUAAACUCUUUGUGAUCUAUUUGUUACCCUUUAUUCAUUGAAAUAUAAAUCUAGUCAAUUAUUGUAAUAAUUUAUAUUAUGUAAUAGUUUUCAUUGAAUGUAGAGAUUGGAUGGUGGCGUGUGUGAAUUUCAAAGCAGAUUUUUACAUGUGAUUUUGUUUAGUUAAAGAGCAGAUCAAUUUUUUAACUCUUAUAUUUAUACUACUGAAAUCCACCAGUUCUGUGGGUUGAUCUCAAUGUGCAAAUCUGUGAAAUGGAAACGUACUUUAAGAUAAACUUAAUAAUGUAAAUGUACUUACACAAUCUCAUAACAGUAUUGUAUCUGUGUUUUAAGAUUUUCCUGUACUUUUCUUGUCCGUUCAACACAGUGCCAUAUCAUUCAUAUGAGACUUCUCUAAAUAUGUUAAGUUUUUGUUGACAAUGUUGUAAAAGUAAAAUAUAUUUUUAUUUAAGACUGGGACCAAAUGGUUAUUUAUAGAGAUUGUACGAGUUACAACUGUUUGUGUGGUGUUACUUAUCAGGAAACUCGGUAACUGCAAUAAAUACAAACCUUAUAAGAAGCGUAAUGACAAUGUUAAAAAUUCUGUCUGGGAAUAUUUUUAUUUCGUGCGGGCUUUAGGUAACAAAGGCCCUACUAUCACGAGCACCCGGCCAAAUAAACUGACUGAGUGAGACAAAGAAUCGGCUUAGAGAGGGAGAGACAGAGUAUCGCGGUCGCCGCACGUGCACAUACUAGUGGCAGCCGCAUGAAGCUCAUUUCUGUGGCUAAGUUCGAUUCUGACUAUUCUCCAUAAGUAUAUUGCUUCUUAUAAGGUUUGUAUUCAUUGGUAACUUCACCUUCUUCUGUUACGUUUAAGAUAAAACAAAUAUAUUAUCUAUUAGCAUAAGAGGCUGUCCAUUUUUAAAUUUUAUUUGAGAUGGGUCCUGCAAGAAGCUUUGCAGUUAGUGGGAAGGAAAUUUUGUUCCUUAAGAAUUAGAUAUACUUUUUAAACCGCUUCUUUUAAUUUUUGAAAGAAAAAAUCUUUUCUCUACGGCAACAUAUUAUUUACCUUACCAAAUUGAACUAGCAAAUCUUGAUUGCGACUCCCUUGCCUAUUAAUAUAUUCUUAUAAUUAUAUUUUUCAUGUAAACUUGUAACUAUUGUUCACCGACAAUGUUCCUGCUGCUGUAUUUUUUUCCUUUAAGCAAUUUCUACAAAAUACUAUUAAAAUUGAAGCGUAAGGCCUAUUUGGUUAGCCUCUAUUUUAUUGAUUGAAAUCAAACAUACCUAUCGAAAUAAAGUGCCAAACACGGUUGCACUUGUUUAUAUGAACAAACCAAUUGUUUACACAGUAAUCCAGAGUAAAAAGAUUAAAUUUUAAUUCCAACAAGAAAUAUGGAAUAAUGACUAGCUAACUAAUCAUAGAUAAAUGUUAAGUUAUUAAUGCAUUAUUAUGCCUAUUGUUUAAUAAUGCAUAUAGUCAAAAGUGUACCUAUGCGUACUUUUAGUGUGUUAGUCCCCUUUAUUAGUCUAGAUGUAAUGGAAAUAGCUUUAGAUUUAACCUCAUAAACAAUUCCUAUUUAUUUAUUUUUUGUUUGUCAUGCUCUUAGAAAUUUGUUCUUCUUUUCUAUUCACGUAAUGAAAUAAAUGUCAUUGAUUUAAUCAAAAUUUAAGUAAUGACAGAAUCAGAAGUAUAUUUACAAAAGCCGGUCAUAAAUAAGCCAAGCAAGAAAGCUCUUUUGUCAAAACUUGUAAUGUAAAGUCUUAAUAAAUUAAGAAAACAUUUCAUGCCAUCUGCUGUUGUAGCUAAACCCCAAACCAUUACUGACUCAAAACAACUAACUGUUUUCAACAUGAGCUCUCCAGCAUAAUAUUUCAAAUCAAAAUGAGAUAUAAUCAAAUUCAAGAGGGUUCUACCAUAGACAAAAAGAAUUGAAUAUAGACUGUCAGCCGUGCUGCGGUUACCAUGGUUACCAUAGGUUCCGGCGCACACCGCUGUAGUUUACGUAGCGCGUAUGCCGUAACUACAUGGCGCUCCAAGCGGUGUGCGCCAGAACCUAUGGUAACCGCAGCACAGCUGACGGUCUAUAUUUAAUUCUUUUUGUCUAUGGUUCUACCCAGUCAAUUCAAGAUGGCGGCUACGGUACAAGCUCUAAAACUAAUUUGUUUCCAAUGAUUGUGUGCUUUUUGUGCUCUUAACAUACCAGAGCUUGCAAUGGAUGGGGAUAAAUUAAUGUUUAACUAUUGUUUAGAAGCUAAAACCACAUGGAAAAAAUACUAAUUUACAGAUUUUCUAAAUGAUUUUGUAAAAACUUGAAGAAACAAAUACUGCACAAAGUUUAAGUCCAUCCAGGGCAUAGUUUGGAUGUUUGUGAAUGUUUUACAGUUCAUUUAAUCUCGAUAAACACUUUAUUAAUGCCACAAGGUUUUUUUUGUAGGACCAUGUUUGCGUGGUAACCAGCCAGCGAGCUAGUGGGUGAAACCAUCUUUCACAAGUUAUCAAUUAAAAUGCUAAAGUUACCAGCUGAUUGUAAAGGAACUGUCAAAAACCACUAUGGGCCUUUUAUAUUUAUCAUAUUAAACA